GGUCGACCCCGGCUAAGCUGCAGGCUCGGUUAGCUCUCCAGCUAGGAGUUCAUUGCUUUCCCGCAGGAGUAGGUCAGAGUACCCUCCCGCUGCGCUGCUUUUCUGCCUGCGCAGCCCAGCAGGCCACCGCCUGGACUUCGAAGGCGGGGUAGUGAGCUCCGGCUGCCACUAAGGAAAUUUAUGAAAAACAGUUUGUCCGGGAAUUCUCCAGAAAUUGAUUCUAUGUGUCUGUGGCGGGACCCAGGAAGAAGGUUGUCUCUAGCAUCGGCUGCUGUGUCCACCACUGCUAAUUCAAGCACCAUGAUGUAUACUGCAAUGUCAAAUGCAUCUGCCUGUAUGGCAGCCACAGGACUCGCAUCUACAACUUCAACGACUACCACUACCACAGUUACCACCAAUACUACUACCACAAUUACCAGUGGCUUUAACCUGUACGACAGACCACUGGUAUCACCUUGGACUAACAACACUGAACUGAUCAGUGUUUCUUCUCUACCAUCUACUGUGACUGUUAAUUCCAUAGUAACACCUGUGAUGACCUAUGGUCAUCUGGAUGGAAUGAUGAACAAGUGGAACUUUCAGCUACAAGAUCAAGAAAAGCACUUUCUCUACCAGCCCAACCAAGUCGGUGUUUGGAACCGUACACUGAUUGAAAGCGGUGAGGAGAUUACUCUUUUACAUAAUGAAGUGGAAAAAGUGAAACUGGAUCAGAACAGGUUGGAACAAGAAUUGGAUUAUAUCCUGCUGCAGCAGAAGGAACUGGAGAGCCUGUUGACUCCUUUAGAGGAGUUUGUGAAGGAACAGAGUGGGCCCUUUAACCUGCUGUAUGUAGAUAAAGAGUAUGAGCGGAUUUACAAAUUAGCUGAAAAUAUAGAUGCUGAGCUGAAACGAAUGUCUCAAGAUCUCAAGAACAUUAUUGUUCACCUGAAUACACUUGGAAAUCCUGCUGACGCUACUGAACCGCUCCAACAGAUUUGCAAAAUUCUGAAUGCUCACAUGGACUCUCUGCAGUGGAUUAGUCAGAAUUCAGGCGUAAUGCAGAAGAAGGUUGAAGAGAUAACGAAGGUUUUUGAGGACUACCGCCGCAAGGAGCAAGAAUGCAAUAUGAAGAUGGCCUUUGAAUAACUUUGGUUCUAGCAUACUGUCUUUGGAUUAUUCAUAAACAAUGGCUCUGAUCUUGUAGAGUAGUGUUUACACUUAAUCUUUGAUUACAAUAAACGGUCUGUGUGUGCUUGAUUUUUUUUUCAUUUAAAUACUGUGAAGAGAACUAAUUGUACUACAACUUUUCUUUCAGAGUGAAUAUCAGGACUGAAGGUAUAACUCAAUAGUACAAUGCUUGCCCAGAAUUAAAUAAAAGCUACUCAUUUAUCCAGGCAAAUAAUUACCUGCUAGAUGUUGCUUUUGUGUGUAUGAUCUAUGUUUGACUCUCUGAGAUUGUACAUACUAUGACUAAUACACAUCUGCUUCCCACUCCAACUGAAUUGUGGAAAGACAUUGCCAAAAAAUAUAUGCCAACCAGUCUUUACAGGAUGCCUGUUAAGAGUCCAGUAAAGUGCUACAUACUGGAAAGUCUCCUGUGAAACUUACUCUCUACUUUGAGAGGGAAUUUUAAGAUAGAAUUCUUGUCGGCUUCAACACAAUAUGGGCAAUAGUAAGAAGUGUGUUGAGUUACAGAAAGUGCAGUACAGGAAUUCAGAGAAGGAAGUUUUAGUGGAUUUAGGAACUGAAGCAGGGGAUUUGUUUUAUUUUUCUUAUGACACCAGAGAACAAACACAGGGCCUCACACAUUAAGAGGGCAGCACUGCACCUUCGGACUAUAUACCCAGCACUGAAUUAGAUUAUUUUUAAUGGGUAAGGUUCAGGCCAAUGCACUUACUUUUGACUGUAUUGACUCCGUGUUUGGAUUUUUGAGACAGGCUCUUACUGUGUAGCCCAGAUUGGCUUGGAACUUUUGAUCUUCUUGCCCCUGUUUUCCCAAAUGCUGGGAUUAUAGGUGUGUACCACCACACCUGGGUUUGCUGGUGGUUUAUUUGGUUUUAGUGUAAGAAUUAUAUCUGCUUUUUAAAAUGUAAUUAUUAACCUUUUUUUAAAAAAGCAUUGUUCGUAGU